AGGUCAUGUGAAGUGUUGAUAUGCAAUGCUUGCAUUUUACCCCCUCCAAAUCUCAUCGGAAUACAUUGCUAUUAUGUUAUAGAGGCCAAUUCCCGCCCAAAAGGUCCUAUAUAUUUACUCGUUUUGGGAAGAGUCAUUAUAUAAUAGGGCAGGGCAAGCAGUGGGAAGAGAGUAUUAAUGGUCGCAAUGGAAGUGGAUUCAGAGAGGAAGCUUGUGCAGCGGAAACAAUCCCUUUACCAAUCUUUGGAUGAGAGUUUUGGGAUUCAGAAAGAGGUUUACAGGGGUCAACAGUACAGCCAAAUAUAUUUUGCUAGGCUACAUUUGAUGCGAACUCUCCUUUACUCUCUCCUUCCCAAUUGGAAACCCCAUUUACCUGUCUGUACUGUUCUGGGAUUAGAGGAAGGCAAAGAAUGCAUUAUAGUUGGGACACUUUACAAGCACAUGAAGCUUAAACCUUCUAUUCUGGAUGAGUACUCUAAAGAGAGGUCUGUUUCACCCCUUGUACAGCGUCACAACUUUACACACCAAGAUGAUAAUUUGGUUCUGGAAGAUGAGAGCGGAAGAGUCAAACUAAAUAGUUGUUUGCUUUUGCCAUCUACGUAUGUAACAGGUAAUAUUGUUGCAUUGCAUGGAAAAGAAACUAGUGCUGGUGAAUUUUUGGUUGAAGAUGUUCUAGAACCCGGCCUACCACAACAAAUAGAGCGUCCAAUUCAAUUAGGUGAAGAUAAAUAUGUGGUUUUCAUCUCUGGUUUGAGUGUUGGGAGAAGCUCUUCUAAUCCUCUCCAAUUUCAACUUUUUGUUGAUCAUAUUACUGGACAUUUAGGAGAUGAGAAGGAACAAAAUGUUGCAGCUCAAGUAGUUCAAGUUGUUAUUGCUGGAAACUCUAUUGAAGUUCCUCAUGGACUUCUCAACGGACAGAAUUUGGGGUCAAAGGACCAGUCCAAGUUGUUUGAGCCGAUUAAAGAGCUUGAUAUUAUGUUAACUCAGAUUGCAGCAAGUAUACCGUUGGAUAUCAUGCCAGGGUCCAGUGAUCCAGCAAAUUUCUCCCUGCCACAGCAGCCUCUCCAUAGGUGCCUUUUCCCUGGAUCAUCAGCUUAUAACACUUUCAGAUCUUGCACGAAUCCACAUUGCUUUGAACUUGAAAACAUCAGGUUUCUAGGUACAUCUGGUCAAAAUAUUGAUGAUCUUGGCAAGUAUUCGAAAGCAAACAACAACAUUGAAUUUAUGGAGAGGACAUUGAGGUGGAGACAUCUAGCACCAACAGCACCAAACACCCUUGGGUGCUAUCCUUUCACUGAUAGGGAUCCUUUCUAUGUCGAAACAUGUCCUCAUGUUUAUUUUGUUGGCAAUCAGGAUAAAUAUGAAUCUCGCUUGAUAAAAGGAUCAGAAGGGCAAAUGGUAAUGCUUAUUUGCAUUCCUAGAUUUGCAGAGACGGGAGUCACAGUGGUGUUGAAUAUCAGAAACUUUGAGUGCCAUAUGCUCAGCUUUGCCACUCAAAUCCACUCAUAACAGCAAGGAAUUUGAGCUAAAAGAACGAGAUUUCAGGGGCAAAAGCUUACAUCUUACCCUCUUCAAACCUAUUCUCUUCAUUUCUGUUAAUGUGUUGAAUUAGUUGGUUCUCUUGUAAUAUUCAGACCUCUAAAUUGGAUUCUCUUGUAAUAUUCACACCCUUUUAUUUUCUAUGCUUGAAAUGACACCACAUUUUGGUUGCC